UACAAGGAAUUCUUGUAACCGUUCUCAGUGUGAGGCAUCAAGACUGCAAAGGUAACUUUACAUCUUACCCUUGCAAACCGAACUUUUCAGCUUUCAUCCGAUUCUUGCUUUGUUAGAAGAGAUGUGCUGUAAAUGUAAGGCUAAUAUUUUCUGUUGGAAAUAUGAAAUAUUGCUCUUUUAUUGCAGAUGGCAUUUGCUCUUCGCUUAACAGUUCUCCUCUGUGGGAUCAGUGGACUGUUGACUGGAGUCUGGUCAUUCCCAAAGUUUAGAAGCAAAGCUAAUGACUGCCCCAAAGGCUGGACUCAGUUGGACUGUCACUGUUACAUCUAUCAAGAUGAUGAGAGGACCUUUGCAGAUGCAGAGAGUGUCUGCAACAUUCUCAGUGGCAAUCUUGUUUCCAUCCACAACGCCCUGGAGAAUGCCUUUGUUCUGGAACUGAUUCGAGCGGGCGGUAACAAUGACUUUGCUUGGAUUGGACUCACUGAUGCAAUUGAGGAAGAUGACUUCAUAUGGACUGACGGCUCAAAGCAGGAUUUCCUUAACUUUGAUAAUAAUGGAGAGUCCAGUGCCGCUGGUAACUGUGUUGCGAUCGAUGAGGAUGAUGGACUUUGGUAUGAUGAAGACUGCACAGAUGACGAGCCGUUUGUUUGCAUUAGAGAGUUGUUCUCAUUAAUACAUCAUUAACUUAUGAGAUUUACUGAUGACUCAUUGAGAUCAUUGAGAUAAUAUAGUAUCAAAACUUGAUGACUCUUUUUCUGGGUUUACUGUCUCAACAACGCUCAAUUUCUAUUGACAGCAGAUUUGGAACGUCAAAGAGCAUCUCGGGUAAAUAAAGGGAUGUGUCUGCA